AUGCGAGCUUUUGUACGAUCUUUGACAUCAUUCCUUUUGUGCCUUUUCUACGUCUCAUUUAUUUCGCAGGUUGAUGGCUCUUUCUUUGUUGGUUUGGUGAACAAGGAUGGGGAAGAUGCAGCGUCCAAAGUGGGCACAACAUACUCCCAUCCUGAAAGGGAAUUUUUAAAGGACUUGAUUAAGACACUGGCCACAGGCACGCACCCUGAGCGUGGGGGGAGCAUGACUUCCAGCGAUGCUCUGAAUAUGGGGUUGAUGGAUUUCGGCAACGACGAAGUGCCAGCCUACUGGAAGAAGUUAUCCAAAAAGGAGAGGGAAAUGGCACUGCGGAAGUUUAUCGAAGAUGGGUAUCUCGAGUGUCCCCAGCAAGGAGUUUUCUCUCUGGGGGUGCGCACCUUGCUUGAGCUCAACAACUUCAUAAUGCAAAUGGAUCUGCCCCCUGACAACAGAGAAGCAUUUGAGAAGUUUCUGUAA